ACAGGCGACCUCCACUCCAUCGUACAGCCUGCUUCAAUUGUCGAGCGUCCAGACAAAAAUGUGAUCGACAAAGUCCAUGGUAUGUAUAGUUCAUUGAUACCACUACAAGAGACCAACUGUGACCUUAUAGUGUGCGAUGUGUCUCUCAGCAACGGCGAUGUGAGUAUCCUCAAAUUUCUAAUCGAGGCCGCAAACAAGGAAGUGUCAAAUACUGUUGAAAAACUCCUGCAGCGUAUCAAAGAUAGUCCAGUCGGUGAAGAAGUGAUUGCUGCAAUCCUUGCUUCGUCUCGAAAUCUACAAGCUUCGGAUCCUGCUUCGAAUCCUGCUUCGAAUACAAUUAGUGGACGAGAUUCGAUGGAACAUACUCCCGAAGCCAGAGCUGUGUCUGCGGCAUACCCUUCUUCGAGAUCUGAAGAACUUUUGGCAGAACACAAACGCACGAAUGGUGAUGCUGGGAGCUCAUUGGUCUCACCUCUACAUAUCCUCGCUGACGCCGUGGAAACCGAAAGGCUGGCAUCUCUGAAUAUCCUCGAUUCCACUCCAAGUUUGGAUCAACCUGAAGAUCCUCUGCUGAACGAACCAAUUAAUGCAUGGCUUUCUCGGCAGUCCACUGAGAGCUCUUUGGCUCAGAAAGACUGGCAAAUCUUGGCUUCACAGCCUCUCAAUGCUCCCUUGAGGCUUACUUCUUUGACCUGCGACCCCAUCAGUUCGCGCAUUAUUGAUGACACCGAUGCCGAGAGAUACUUCGACCUAGACCGAAUGUUGUAUCCUUCUCUUCUAGCUCUGGCCGAGUGUAACAUCAAAUGGUCAAUAGCAUUAUCUGUAAAAUCAGUGGAGACUAUUCAGGCCAUCUUCACCAUGGAAUACUGGUCGCCAAUUCAUGAAACACAAAAGGAUGAUCCAUAUUGGUUGCACAUAACGAGAGAGCUGGGCCUCAAUAAAGCCAAGGCUGUAACAGAUCUGGUCUCGACAUACACCUCUACCACGGCUAGCUCGGACUUCAAAGAACGGUUUCGUCGUAACAUCGAGAGAACUUGGCUUGCUGCAUUCUUUGCAGAAAAGAGCUUCGGCAUUGUCACUGGACGUGUGAUGAAUGUUGGUCGAUCAGAAAUCUCAGAAUCGAUAUCUGACUGGUGGAAGAAGCCAAUGGCGUGUCCCUUCGAUCGCAUUAUUAGUGGUGUUGUAGAGAUGCGUAUCCUACUUCGGGAACACAUGACCAAGACAGAAGAAUCAAUAGAAGAUUGGCAAGCCAGAGGCUUCGACGCCCUGCAAGCUCUCCGUGAGAAGCGAUGCACUCCUAACGGCUCACAAGAAGACUCUGCAUCAGCAGAAUAUCUACCUAUACUCGCUUACUAUAUGGACCAUAGCAUCUUGGUCUUAAACGCUAACGCUCUGAGAGACUUCGUUGCUGCCAAUGCAUUGGAGUGUCUAGCCAACCCCUGCAAGAUCUCUCGCCAAACCGUCGACGUUGCGUGCAGGUCUUUGACACUCGUACUUUCUGAUCCGGUUCUGCUAAAGCAUAUGUAUGGUACUCACAACAACCAACUUAUCAUGAUCUGCCAUGCAUCCAGCGAGAUACUGUUUAGAGCUGCUGAAAAGGUUUGCGCAGUGACCAGACACAUGGAAGCAAUCGCGCGCGGUCUACCAAGUACCUCUGCGGCCUCUCUUUACACUACGCUCUCGAACAUUUUCUCGCAGCAGCUCGACAAGUACAUUUCGACUAGUCAGGCUAGUUCUGAAGUUAUGCAAGAGUCGAUACCGACUGACUGGUGGAAUGCGCUUGGUGGAGACAUGCUUGUUGACAUGAACGACCUCUUCCCUGAGCAGUUGUUCCCAGAGUUGGCUGGACAUGGUAAUUCGUACGCGAUGCCUAAUUGA